AGGCCAAUCACUUUUUUUGGCCUUAUCCAAAAUCUCUUUUGUGGGUAGAAUCAUCUCUGUCUUAAGCCAAUCUCUCUGUCUCUCUCUCUUUGUCUCUGUGUUGAGAGAGAGAAAUGGCAGCUUCAACACUAACACUUCCCUGCUUCAAACUCUACGAUCAACCAAGCCUCCUCCUUCGCCACAACAAAUCAUCUAACCAAACACUUCUUAAAUUCAACUUGUCGCCUCCAAAACCUCUCUUGAUCUCCUCACGUGCCAACAGUUCUCGGCGAUUCAGAGCCCUCCCGGAGACCAUCGCCGUCAAACAGGACUACACAACUGCUGAUGACGACAGUCCUCCUGCGCCCAUCAACACUAAGCUCUACUUUGGGAACCUGCCUUACAAUGUAGACAGUGCAACUCUCGCUCAGAUCAUCCAAGACUUCGCCAACCCUGAGCUUGUCGAGGUUCUUUACAACAGAGACACAGGACAGAGCCGUGGGUUCGCCUUCGUGACGAUGAGCAACGUCGAAGACUGCAACGUCAUCAUCGAGAAUCUCGAUGGAACUGAGUAUCUUGGUAGGACGUUGAAGGUGAACUUUGCAGACAAACCGAAACCAAACAAAGAACCUCUGUAUCCAGAAACAGAGUAUAAGCUGUUUGUUGGUAACUUGUCGUGGACCGUCACUUCGGAGUCGUUAGCUGGAGCGUUUCGAGAGUGUGGAGAAGUGGUUGGUGCUAGAGUUGUGUAUGACGGAGACACUGGGAAGUCAAGAGGUUAUGGCUUUGUGUGUUACUCUUCCAAAGCUGAAAUGGAAACCGCGCUUGAAUCGCUGGAUGGGCUUGAGCUGGAGGGUCGGGCGAUUCGAGUAAACUUGGCUCAGGGGAAGAAGUACUGAUGUCAAUGUUGGAGUAAGCUUGAAGUUACUGAGACAAGAGUGAUGACGUGAGAAGCAAGCUAAAGACAAUCCUAAUCCGGUUGUUGAGGAGAUAAGGAUAUAGAUGUGUUGGGAGUUAUCUAUAAGCAUAUCGUAUCUUUGUAUUCGGUUAGGAUCUAUGUUUAGCUUGUUAUAAGGAUCCAUCGAGUGAUGAUAGGAUUUUGUAUGAGUUUGAGAUUCAAGGUUUUGAGUGAGUUUUCCCUUGAGAGAUUUAUAUAAGAGAGUUAUUCUUAUACAUCA